AUGCUUUUCGCCAGCUUCCUCUUCCCCGCUGCUGUUUUGACAGUCGCAGCCCUCGCCCUCCCCAGCCAGAGUCAGACCUCUGCUAUGGAGCUCCCCAAGGGUUAUAGUAUCUUCGUCCCGGAGUGGGAGGUUCAAGCCAAGCCCGGCGGGGAUAAGACGAUCCUCAAGGGAACAGUCGAGGAGGUCCUCGACGAGCUCCACGGCAUCAACCCGAACUACGAGCAAGACUUUGGCCUCGACCUCAGCUCGCCGACCUACCUGAGCCAACCGGCCCCCGCCGUCGAGAAGCGGGACGACUUCCAGGACGCACAUUUCCAGUGCAACGUCACCAUCAUGGCCGACGCGAGAGUCAUCGCCGACGGUGCCAGUUACCUCAAGGGUGUCGAGGGACAGCCCCGAGGCGAUCCCGGCCCGAACUCGUGCGGCCGCGUGAGCUGCAGCUGGAAGUCUGCCAUUUGGUUCUGCAACGACAACACUCACUCCAUCUCCGCCGGUUCCUAUCAGAUGCUAGCCGACGGCACUUACCACAUCAUGAAGCAGUGCACCGCCGGCGAAUGGGUCAGCGGCCAGGCUUGGCACAAGGACAACUGGAGAGUUCUUGUGGGUCGCGACAAGUGCUGA